CGCGUGACCGCGGCGAUGACGUCAUUCGCCUUAAUAAAAACCCUCCCCGAGCGAUCGACAGGCCGAGUCGUCGCUGCGCCGCCUUCCACGAACGCCGGUUUCGCUACUGGCAUCAUCAUCAUCAGCAUCAUCAUCAGUAUCACCACCACCUCCUCUUCGUCGUCAGCGGUCAUCGCGCCAAUUCCAUCUCUUCUUCUUAAAGCAGAAACAGCAGCAGCAGCAGCAGCAGCAGCAAUGUCGUGGACCCCGGCCAACUACGAAGAGGGCGAGGGCCAUAUGUCGAAGCUCGCCAAGAAGAGCGCAGACGCGCCCUUUGUGCCGAUCGGCAUCGGCGGCUUCCUGGGCGUGGUCGCGUACGGCCUCUACAAGAUGCGGUCACGCGGGGACACUAAGAUGUCGAUACACCUGAUCCACAUGCGUGUGGCCGCGCAGAGCUGCGUGGUCGGUGCAAUGACUGUCGGUGUCCUUUACUCCAUGUACAAGGAGUACAUCGUCAAGCCCAAGGAGUCUACCGCCACCAAACCGAAAUGACAGUGCCGUGAAGGAGCCAAGAGGCUGGCGUGCAAUGUACGCAGCUACAGAUCCCCCCCCACCACCACGCUCGCCAAAUUGCUACAGGCUCUUCAAAUGGGGGCAUUUAUGUUAAAUUGUUAGAAUUAGAGUAAAGAGAAGUUGACAAGACUUCGCAUUGAGGAAGCUACAAUAGGCAAUAUUGUAUUGUGGACAUUUGUUUGCGUUGGCGUGGGGAGAGAUGCAGACUCCUGUAUAUUGCCGCAGCUGUAUUUAAGCAAACGAGCGUUGUCCCAUGUUGCCUUGAUGUUCGUGUAACCUCUUUGGCAUCCCACUGAUGCCACUGAUAAUUUACCUUGUUUAUGCUAUGCUGUCGGACUGAAUAAAUGUGCAUGUGAUGUUUUA